UCGAACCAAAAACGAUUCUACCAGCCUGGCAACGUUACUCUAGGAGCCCUGCUUCCUCUUCACGUCAGAACCGCCCAGGAUAAAUGCGGUGAGUUUUACGCUUUCGGCCUUGGAUACACCGAGGCUAUAACUUUUGCAAUCGAACGUAUUAACAAGGAUCCUGAGCUUCUACCCAAUGUGACACUGGGCUUCGACAUUCGAGACUACUGCGACACACCUGUUCUCGCCAUG